UGUUAGUGAAAAUUGUAAAAUGGCGGACCAAAGUUUGGUGAGCUAGUGCUUUCGAAUUUAAUACGAAUUAUGUUGAAAAAACACGUACAUUUUGAUAAAAAUAUAUCGUAAAUAGAAACCGGAAAAUUUGAACGAAAUUUUGUGAAGUUUUGAGAUAAAAAACUAGUAUCGCAUCUGAGGAUUCGAGUGUUUUGUACCUAUGAAUAGACGUUGUCCUCGUCUUAUGUAGCCAUAUUUAUGAGAUUUAUAUUAAUAAUCCUUUCGAAACCCGAUUUUUCAAAUGAGAAAUGGGAUGGCAACGCGACUUGAAGUGACCCCCCUUCUGUGGAGCGAUGGAUCCCGGGCCAUGGUACGCUUCGUAUAACCGGCUGGCAAGCGUGCAGGCGGCGGGAUCGGGAGGCGGCAGCGAGCUGCACCACCACCUAGCCGCCGCGGCGACGACCACGGCCCCCGGAGCGCCGCCCACCACAACCGCCCAGCUGCUCCCGGGCGGCUUUCUCUCCCCGCCGCCCGUCGGAUAUGAGUCCGUCUUCACGCCGCUCUUCCACCAUGCCGCCACAGCCGUCGGGGGCGGCGCCAAACCGGCCGCGCACUAUGUCACUCAGGUCACGCAGCAGCGUGCGCAGGCACUCGCGCAGGCCGCUGCAGGCGGCGGCAGCGGUAAGCAGUCGUCUUCCGAAGGCGGCGAGUUCCAUCCGCAGCAGGCGUUCUUUGAGCAAGGCGCCGCGAAUGCCGCUUGGCAGCAGAACAGCCCGUUCGGCAUUCUGCCGCACGAGAGUGUCGUAGCAGCGUCUGCAACGUCGAGCAAGAACUAUGAAAACUUCAACGCUCACUUCGCUGCUGCGCAGAACCUCAAUAACCACCUCAAUGCGCAGAAGACGGCCUCUGCAAGUAGGGCGCAGAGCCCCCAAGUCUCGACUGCAGCAUCAUCUACUAAGGCCAACUCCACCACUUUCUAUCAGGUGCCGUCUAGUGUUCCUCCGGAGAAUAGCCCCAACAGCAGCAGCAAAACUUUCCCAUCGUCCAACUCCUCAAACAUCCAACAAUCAUGCAUAGUCUCCUCGCCGUCAACAACUGUUUCGAAAGAGUACAGGGUACCCCAACCGCCCGGACGCUCCGCUUACUUGGGCUCUCCAAACCCCUCGCGGGGCUCUAUCGAAAAGUCUUUUGCCUCGACCUCCGGCAAGCAGCAGCAGCAACAAGCACCCUCGCAGCAGAUCCAGACUAAGGCGCAGACGAAGAUCUACUCAGAGCUCAGCAGCCAGCAGGAGAGGCAACGAGCUGCCAACGAAGACAAUCAGCAGCAGCAGCAGAGCCAAUCGUCGCCCAUUAGUUUUUCCAUCAUGGAUGCCCCCGGUAGGCUGAAUUACUCGGGCAGCAAUUCUUCAGGAAAGAGGCCGCCGCAGUUCCAACACAACUACAGGCACUACCAGCAACAACAGCAAGCGGGGGCCUCGAAUUCAGAGGAGUUUCAAAGGCCGAAGAGCGGGUCUGAUUACAACGGUUCCAAUGGGCCGGACUGCGGCGUUGUCGUUCCGAGAAGGCCUAGUCCCCUUCAAGCACAUUCCCAGGCGUCUCCUUUGGGCCACGCUCAAAGUCCGGCUUACCCCAUGUACCACAGCCCGAUGAACUCGAUUUCGUCUCCGCAGCAGAGUUCGAGCAAUCAGGUGGCGCCUCCGUCGCCCCUCGACGUGUCCGUGCCCCGGCCCAGUUCGCAGACCGGCACCGUCGCCUACCCUUCUGUCAUCACGAGAGCCCUGAACCCAGAAAAGACCUUCCCGGAGCGCUACGAGCGCCCCAACCACGCCAACCAGUCCAACCAGAAUUGUUGGGACGAGAGGCAGCAGCAACAGCAGGGCCAGCAGCAGCGCAAACAGCAAUUCCAGAACGGCCCUCCCUACAAUUCGGGGGCCGGCGACAUGGGCAGGAACGAAUCGGCGGCGCAACAGCGAAUAGUGAUAGGAGUGGGGGAGAGGCAACAGACUUACUUUGAUUCGAGCAGCGGACACCAGGUAACACUUCAAGACUUAUCCAGCUGUAGAGGUGACCCUAUGAGCAUUGUCAAAAAUUUACAGCAGCAACAGCAGAGCUGCCAAGUGCAGCAGAACGAAAUUAAGGCGGAAGUCAAGCCCCCGCCCAUUAAGAGGAGGAAAAGUAACGAUAAGCCCCCCGUACCAGAGUUGCACAAUUUGCCCAGUCGAAUCCCCCCACCAGCCCACAGCUCGGGUGCGAAUCAACCCCAGCAGAAUGGCGCAUACUUCGAUUUUGAUCGAUGGAAUCUUCCGCCGCCCACUUCCAAAAUAUUCGCGGCGCAGGGUUUACACCAGCAGCACCAGGGCCUCAUGGUGCCGCAUCCACACGGCCAUCAUCCGCCGCCUCCCUUGCCGUACUUUGCUCCUUUCCACCUCCCGCCACACCCGUCAGAGUACCCCUCUUCCGUCGAGCUAACCCCCUUGGCUAACUAUGGCGAACAGUCGCCCCAGCCACCGGGGCAGUAUCAGCACCAGCAGCAACCGCCGCAGCCCGAGGAACACCCCAAGGUUGUGGUGCCCAACAUCGAAGAAGAGCUGAAUUUUCUGUCGCAAGAUACGACCAGAUCGAACCACCAAGCACAGCCCGGAGGAGGGCAAAACCACCGGAAGUCCGUGCAAUCGGCUACCGCGGCAUCACCCCUGGUGAAACCUCCGGAGAAACAGGCCGGUGGCGCCAGCUCGGGUUUCAUGAGCAGCUACUUGAAAUUCCUGCAAGGGGAGAGGGACACCUCGCCGCCGCCUCCGGUCAGAGGGGGCGGCAGGAAGCAGCCGUGGCCGAAGGUGCCGACGAAGAACAUGGAUGAAAAACCGCCCGAGAGCAACGGUAUGCUGCCGACCCCAGCGCCGCCCCCGCCGGUCGUGUUGCCACCGCCGCCGAUACCGACCCCGGUGAUGAGGCUGUCGCAGGGCGAUCCGCAGGACGACCCGCGGUAUUUCCCGCUGCCGAAGGAGAGGAAGCGAAACAGUUUCGACAGCUCCGAUGAUGGUUUCAGUUCGGACGACGACUUUUUCGGGCACCGAAAACACCCGGCAUCGGCUACUGCGGUGGUCAAGACAGAGCCAAAAGAUAAAGAAAAAGAGAAGGAGCAACGCGAGAAGGAGAGGGAGAAGAAGAAGGAAAAGGCGAAGGCUGCCAAGGCGGGGGCGGCGGCAGAGAAGAAGAAAAUGAAACUCGAGAAGCCGCCGAAGCCGGAGAAGGAGAAAAAACACAAGGAGAAGAAGGAGAAAAGCGGCAAGGAGAAGAACAAAGAGGGCAAGAAGCAGAAGCAGCAGCAUGCGGCGGCAGAGAACAUGGAAAUUUUGUAUUACCCCUCAUUUAUAUUCCUCGCUUUCCACUAUUCUCGAACAUCUCGGAUAAAAAACUCUAAUUCUGUUUCAGGCGGCAUGAAGUCCAAGAAGAGCAUGAAAAAUUUGAUAUCGGCGGCAGCGCAAGAGGCAGGAAUCGGCGAUAUGUACGCCGAUCCACUGCCUCACAAAAAGAAGUCGAACCGAAGCAAACAGAACAUUCCACCGACGUUAGAAGACAACAUAGCAGCUUCGUUACAUAACAGUAUUCCUCAGAUAAAUGACGACGGUCCUUUGAAGCCAGGAGAGUUUGUCGCCAUCAAGUCGGACCUGAAGCUGGAUUGGCCGCCUAUUUGGAGGGUGGACGGGAAGACGUUGCUCCAGAAGUACGAACCGUUUGAACAAAACGGUAUCACGCUGUACAGAAACAUAUCUACAUAUACUUCAUGGACGCCGGAAAGUAAAAAGCAAUACACUUCAGUGCCAGUAAAAUACAGGUCGCAAGGUCAACUGGAGACCAUCGUAGAGUUCCUCAAACACGAAAUGACUAUAAUAGAUUACGAAUACCAGGAACAGUUGAUAAAGCAGUUCGAAUCCUACCAAGACAACUUUGAGGUGUACAUUCAGACGCUCAUCUCGCAAGCUCUCGAUAGCAACUUCCUGAUGGAAAUCUUCCAAGAGAAAGGUAAGUCGGACGUAUUUCACUACAGUUUCACUCUAAAUAAUACAAAUCAUCUAAAAGAACAAUUCGUUCAGGCCAGUCUCANUAUAGAAUUCAUAGUACGCUUCAACGUCAUCAAGGAGGUUAGCGCUUCCGACUCGCUGGCGAAGACGUGCGCUGCCUGCUGCCGCAUCGGAGUCGCUGUGCGAGUUCUCAUGUACGGCCAGCCGUACAACUCGACUACCCUCGAGGGCUGUCAGCCGGAUCCUAAUGCCAUAAAUGAAAAGGAUUUCUUGAUGUGUAGGAUAUGUGCAACUCACGUAGAACUCCUGAGCAAAGUGACGCAUCAAAAGUAUCUUAUGUAUAUAGAAUGUGCGAAACGUGUUAGUGAAAAACGGACUACUGAUACAACUAAAGAUACAACGUGUAUAUUAAAUGAAUUGUUGGCCGAUGAGAGUUGGCUGAAUCAGUUGUUCGUAGAAGUGCGAACGUCUUGGGCCGAGAUAGACAGUAUAGAACACAGUUUGAAUACGAAAAAUUCAGUGCGGUCACAGUGAUUAUUAUAAAAUGUUAUGAGUUUAAUUUCUUUUUUUUUUUAGUUAUGACGAAUAAUUUAAAUCAAAAUUGUGUACAUUCAAUGAGAGAGUUUAUAUGAAAUAAUAUGAAAAAUGUAAUUAAGAUAGAUUAGCAAUCAAUAUGCAUAUAUAUUGACUAAGUACGUAAUCUGUUUUAUAUAUUAUGGUGAUUACCAUGUCAUGCUGUGCAUUUUUUAAUUUCCGUGCUCUGAUGUUUUUUUAAAAAGUGAUAUUGUUAUAAUUUUGUAAAUUUUCAGCAUUGGUUAUUUAUAACGAGCACACACUCAUUAAUAAAAUGAUUAUCAUUUGUAAAA